GCCAGCUGCCACGUCGCGCGCUCUCAAGUACGACGCCAGGCCCUCCUGAACUCUUCAACUACACGUCGGGAUCCUGGCUUGUGAAUAACGAACUGCGUCUCGCAGAGCGCAGGCUCGAGUUCAACGUCGACGAGUUUCGACGACUUGCCGCGCAGUCUGUCGGUCGCACGUCCCAGGAUGUCAAGACUAUAGUGAAGCUCGACGAGGGCGGAUUCAACCGCAUUUUCCUCGUCACUAUGCAUGAUGAGUUCCAGUUGAUCGCUCGCAUCCCGUACCCCGUCACGGUCCCCAGGUUCUACACCGUGGCCAGCGAGGUUGCCACGAUGCGCUUCCUCCGCGCCAAGGGCCUGCCAGUGCCAGAGGUGUACGCCUACACUGCCACGUCGGACGACGUGGUGGGGACGGAGUACAUCUUUAUGGAGUUCGUCAAGGGUCUGAAGCUCACAGACAUGUGGAUGGGGCUGAAGGAAGCGGAUCUCGCCUCCAUUUUGCGUCAGGUUGUCGAGCUCGAGUGUCGCAUCAUGUCGAUUCCCUUCCCGGCCGGUGGCAGCCUCUACUAUGCCGACGACCUGGAGCAGAUGACAAGGAGGAGGACGAAUAUCACCCCAAUGCUGCUCGACGGCGAGCGCUUCUGCGUCGGCCCAGAUGUGCGCUUGCACAUGUGGUAUGGGCGGAGGUCGCAGCUCGAUGUGGAUCGAGGCCCGUACGAAGACACGGCGGGUGUACUCGCAGCAGCCGCACGUAAAGAAAUUGCAUAUCUGCAACGCUUCGGACAAGCGUUGCUUCCGUUCCAGCGCGCGAGAAGGGAAGCUUACAAGCACGAGAAGCAGUCGCCCACGGACCACAUCGAAAAUCUCGAGCGCUACCUUCGCAUGGCCCCAUUGCUCGUCCCCGAAGACCCAUCCCUCCAUGCGUUCUGUAUCCGCCAUCCCGACCUCCACCCCAGCAACGUGAUGGUAUCGGCCUCGCCAGAAUCUGGCCGCCUGGAGAUCGUCGGCAUGCUCGACUGGCAACACACUUCCAUCCUACCCCUAUUCCUCCAGGCCGCCAUACCAGGCCGCCUGCAGAACUACGGUGACCCGGUCUCGGAGUACCUCUUCCCACCGUCGCUGCCGGCGAACGUGGGCACGCUGGACGAAGACGAGCUGAUAGCGGCACUCGGACGCCACCACGCCCGUCUCGUGCACUUCCACUACGCCAAGAGCACGGAGAAGCUUAACACGCGCCACCACGAUGCCCUGCUGGACCCGGUGUCUCUCUUCGCCCGUCGCCUCUUCGACCGAGGCGGUGCGCCCUGGGAGGGCGAGACCCACGACCUGAAGACGCUGCUAAUCGAGGCGACGGAGAAGUGGGACAAGCUUGCGGGGGCAGGUGUACCGUGUCCAGUCGCGUUCGAAGCCGACGACGUACGCAAAACGAAGGAGUUUAGCGAACGGCUGCAGCUGUCCGACGAGAACUUCGAGACCGUGCAAGCAGCGAUCGGUUUUGAGACGGAGACGUGGGUGCCUACCGAGCACUACGAGCUCGCCAAGGCCCGCGCCGCGAUUCUGAAACAGGCUGUUUUCGAGAAGAUUCCGGAAGGGGAGGAGCGAGACAAGUUUCUGGCGAAUUGGUUCUUGGACGAUAUGGACGAGGAAGACUACAUGUGACGAAUGCUUUGUUUUUUGAAUUGCUCGCGGCGUCCUUAUAUCUCGUGCGAGCUUGUUAUACAUCGCACCGACGGACAGCACAUGAUGCCUCGCCGAUGGAGCGACGGCACCGAUCGCCCGAAGAAGCUUGAGGGGUUCACAUCUGGGCUGCGGGCCCGGCCUCGGAAGCGAGCCCUUUUGAAGCGUGUCCCAGACAGGCGGAACGGGUGUAC